AUGCCGCGAAUUGGACGCACAUUGUAUUUAUCAGGAUCCGUCAAACUGCGCGUCAUACUAGAGCGUCUCGAUUACCUGACUACACUGGUUGAGCUGGAUAGGCUGGACCGGGGAGCAGAUCGGAGUAAACUCGAGCCUGGAAAUCAUAACGGGGGACUAAGACGCUCUUUGUCUCCCUUAUUAGAUCGCCGAGAAAACUUGCAAGAUGUGUCCAAUCCAGCCAGUCUCGAAGAUGCGGUAUCACUCACUACUCUAGGAUGUCGAAUGCGGUCGGAUAUAUAUUUCGGCUCCAGCGAAGAUAUUCUCGAAUGGCCAAUACUCGGUGGGAAACACGAUCGUCGCCAGAUUGAGGCCCUGAUUUUUGACCCUACGUUGAUCUCCGAUAUCUCAAAUGGAGUAGCACCUUCACCAAGGGUUACAGACGAUUCUUUGCGAAAUGAAUAUGAAGACCCACGUCACAGUUCCAACAUUGGUCGAGGUGUUCGCGAGGAAGAUGUCAUGCAACUUGUCGAAAUAUUCCUUCGCAAUGUCCAUACUAAGAACCCAAUUUUUGAUCCAAAGUAUUUGAGAAAUAUGGCCAGAUCUGUGGUCAAAAAUGGAUUUGACUGGGAGGCUUCCAGUUGUCUUGUGCUGAUCGCAUGUGCUCUUGCGACUAUCUCCUCUUCAUUCGCGCGCCAACCACUUGUGGGUGCUGAAAACUUUGAGGAAGCCGAGGACAGCCUUCUGAACACACCUGCAUAUUACACGGCUGAAUCGUACUAUACCGCCUCACGAAAGCGCAUGGGUAUUCUGACAAACACAAUUCUGGCAACAGAAUGCUAUUUUCUCACAGGCGUCUAUGAAAUGUAUUCUUUACGACCUCUUCAGGCAUCCAUUUCUUUCAACAGAGCAUGCGUAAGUUUCCAGACACUGACAUGGAUGAAGCCAGAGUACUAUAUCAUAGAAGGCCAAUUAGCUAAAGCUCAUGCAAGCCGGCUGUACUGGUCCUGCUUGAAAUCGGAACAUGAAAUAUCAGUGGAGCUUCGAUUUCCUUCGUCAGGUUUGACCGGGCUCAACUACACGAAUUCUUUUCCCACGCCACCAGUGGCCGUGGCCGUCGAACAGCUCUAUGAAACUCCAUCCGUUAUCGAUGUCGAGUCUGCAUCUCUGCUGUCGACUGAUGUUCAACAAGAAUUUGAAAAGGGAUGGUAUUACUAUUUGGCAGAUAUCGCAGCCCGUCGGAUACUACAGCGAGUAGUCGAUACAUUCUACAACAAAUACGAGAUCACAUGGUCCACGGCUUCUCUCCCAAAACUCAUCCAGACUGCCAGAGAGCUGGAGCGACAACUAAGUCAAUGGUAG